GACCAUCGCGCGCUCUUUAGCAGGCGCUCAUUGGCCAAAAUCCUAGUAACCAGAGCGCGUGCUGGAAAGAAAACCGCAGGGUCGAAGUCAAUGAGCAUCAAUCCAGCACUGGCGUCUGUGGAAAGCUCAUUUGUGUUAUAGUGAAACUGCAGAGAGAGACACGCGCGGUCCCGGGGCUGAAGGUUUCAUUCAUUUUUUUUUAGUAUUAUCUUUGGAAAGAGCCCCCGUGUGCAGCCUGCCUUCUUGGAGCUGCGUGUCCACGAAAAGUCUGCGUUCCGGAUGAAUUCCUAGGCGACUAAUUCCACCCUGCGGUGGGGCAGCAAGUUUAGAGCUGCGGGGAAAGCCACUCGUCCGGACCUGCGUCACGACCAAGGCUCGAGACCAAGCGGGAUCCCGGCGCUCUCGCGUGGCUCUGCCUCCUCCGACUCUCAUUGUUCGGUGCCCGAUCCCGGAUCCCGCGCUCUCCGCCUUUCUCUCGCCUUUCUGCUGACACUGGCAAGCAGUAAAGGACACUGAGCCGCCAGCGACCAUGUGCUCCCGGGUGUGGUUUGUUACCGACCGGCGCAUCAGUGAGGAUUACCCCCAAGUGCAGAUCCUGCGGGCACUGAGGCAGCGCUGCUUGGAAGACGAUGUAGACUUCAGGGCGGUGCGCAUGGACCAGAUCGUCCUCACCAUCACCGACGGCCAGUUGGGUUUGCGAGUCGACCAGGAAGUGGUGACUUCAUACCCACAGGUGGUGGUCAUGCGUGUGCCCACCCCAUGGGUUCAGUCAGACAGUGACAUCACAGUCUUGCGCCACUUUGAGAAAAUGGGCUGCCGACUAGUCAAUCGCUCUCAGGCUAUUCUCAAUUGUGUUAACAAGUUCUGGACCUUUCAGGAGCUGGCUGGCCAUGGUGUGCCCCUGCCAGACACAUUUUCUUACGGAGGUCACGAAGACUUUGCCAAGAUGAUUGAUGAAGCAGAGCCUCUUGGAUAUCCUGUUGUUGUGAAAAACACUCGGGGUCACAGAGGCAAGGCUGUGUUCCUGGCUCGUGAUAAACACCACCUUUCUGAUAUCUCCCACCUGAUUCGCCAUGAGGCCCCCUACCUGUUCCAGAAGUAUGUGAAGGAAUCACAUGGGAAGGACAUUCGCGUGGUGGUGGUGGGUGGCCGGGUCAUUGGCUCCAUGCUGCGCUGCUCAACAGAUGGCAGAAUGCAGAGCAACUGCUCUCUAGGUGGCAUUGGGGUGAUGUGCCCUCUAAGCGAGCAAGGCAAGCAGCUGGCAGUGCAGGUGUCCAACAUCCUGGGCAUGGACGUGUGCGGCAUCGACUUGCUGAUGAUGGAGGACGGUUCUUUUGUCGUGUGCGAGGCCAACUCUAAUGUGGGCUUCACUGCCUUUGACCAAGCCUGUGGCCUCGAUGUGGGUGGCAUCAUCGCCGACUUUGCCCUGUCACUCCUGCCGAGCCGGCUCACCCGGAAGAUGUCUUUGUUGUCUGUGGUGUCCAGUGCCAGUGAAACCAGCAGUGAGCCUGAGGUGUGCCCGCCAGCUAGUGCCAUCCCCGAGACUGUUUACACAAUGAGUGUGGGCUCUACGUCAAGCGAGAGCGAUCCCGAGCUGGCUGAGCUCCGUGAAAGCAGUGGAAGCGGGGGCAGCACCGUAAUGCCCCGCUCUCUCCUUCACCCUCCACUGUCUGACGCCACCUAUAACAUGAACAGCAUCAUAGCCAGCGAGAUAAAACUAUUGACUGAGUGAGACUCUUGCAAUUGGCAGGCUGCUUCCCUGGUUUAAAGCUGUGGAUAAAAAGGUUUGGGGGCGGGAGGGCACGUGUAGAGCGAGCUUCCAUUCAUCUUGUACCAAGUCCCUCAGCCUACGUGUGCUGAGACCCUCCCAUAGACCAGCUGGUGGCCGGCAGCCUGACUAAGUCAAGUCAAGCAUGUCACUCUGUACAGACUUUGCUUGGCGUUAUGCUCCUGGUUUAUUUUACUUCUUCAUUACUUCACCAAGAACACGGGUAACUGUGAGGCAGAGGGCGGGUGCAGCUUUAUAACCAAGCGAGAUCGAGGGGAUGCUUUUGUAUUAGCACGUCAGCUAUAGGGUGCACUGCUGUUCCAGCACACAAAAUAGGUGGGCACACUGCUGAACCAGCAUGCAAAUUGGAGGUUAUGUUGCCAUAUCAGCAUGUGAGAGUCAGGAAGCAUUGCUGUGCCAGUUUGUGAGGCUGACAGCAUGCUGCCAUACUAACAGAGAAGUCUGUGGAUGCGCUGCUUUGCCAACAGGUUAAGGCAGGGGUCUCACUACAAGCAUGUGAAGCACACUGCAAUACCAGCACGUGUGGUCAGAAGACCAGAAAGUAAAAGUGAGCAUGCAUUACCGUACCAGCAUGUCGGGUAGGGGGGCACACGGCUAUGCAGACAAAAACAACAGUUAACCCAGAGGGCACUUCUAUGCAAGCAUGUUUUUAAUGGUUGUGAUACCAGUAAGUGGGUGCUCUUUUGUGCUUGUAUGUAUGGUGGAGGGCAAAACUUGAGGUACAGGUUACUCAUCUAUACCAGCAAGUGGGGUAGACGAUGCACCGUGUCAUUUACUAUCCAUACAAGCAGCAAAUAUGGACAGCCUAGUGUACCCUGUGAUGCACUGGUACCCUGUCCAGAUUGUUCCUGGGAUAGAUGCCAGCUACCCUAGUUAAGCGGGUUAGGAAAAUGGAUGAAUAGAUGGAAUGGCACUGUAUUAACAAGGAAGACAGCUAGUGAACUGAUACACCAAUGCAAUGGCAGAUUAGGUCCUGCUAAAUAAAGUGAUGAUGAGGGUCUGUUACUAUACCAGCACAUAAAGAAGAGGGCAUGGUCAGCAGUGGGCACUCAGUAGUAUUAGCGUGCACACUACUGUAACAUUAAUGGCGUGCUGUCUCCCAGACCUGUGAUGGCGAGAGCACACUACAGUAGGCGUCGAGCUGUCACUGCUGGACACCUUUACAUUCAGCAGUGUGACUUUACCGCAUGGAGAUAAUAAAGUCGUUGCUGAGGCAGGGUGGUGUGCCCUCAGAGAAGCCCAAUUAUCCAAUGAUCCUGCCAUAUGGAUUGACACUCGGAGUGUGAUCAGUCUAGUCUUGACAAUAGGCUGCAUGGUGGUGCGGCGAGGGGUCCGCACUGCUGCUACUGUUUCUUCAAGGCUCCAAACACCAUCCCAGUGAUCACAGAGCUCCAGACAUGCCACACAUACUGUAGCAAGACCUUGAACACUUAGACAUCUCAGCGUUAAUUUGGAUCCGUUAGGUGGGCUGUUCCCAUCCAAAGUGUGACUAUAUAAAUUCACUAAUCUGAAGAGUUCUUGCUGGAUAUGUGUGUGCCAUCUACCUUGAUAUGUGCCCUGGUACAGUUCUCAGGUCUUGCACCCACUUAUUAUCCAAUGAUCCUGCCAUAUGGAGUGACACUCGGAGUGUGAUCAAUCUAGUCUUGACAAUAGGCUGCAUGGUGGUGCGGCGAGGGGUCCGCACUGCUGCUACUGUUUCUUCAAGGCUCCAAACACCAUUCCUUUGACGAGUAUCCCAGUUUGCCAACGUCUUCCAAGGUAUUCUGUUUUUUUUGGUGCACACCUCAGACACAGGCACGUUAGGUUGAUUUCUAUCUAUAAAAGUUUGCUUGCUGUGCCCCGUGGCCAACUAACAUUCAGGGCGGAGUGGUGGCUCUGAGGCUAAGGAUCUGUGCUGGUAUCCAGAAGGUUGCCGGUUCAAAUCCCUGUCACUGC